AUGGGUUCCUACAUAGACGACGGCCUCCUUGACGCCAUCAUCGUCGGCGCCGGCUUCGGCGGCUGCUACCUCCUGCGCAACCUACGCCAGCUCGGGUUCCGCGUGCAAGCCUUCGAAGAAGGCCACGGGCUCGGCGGCGUCUGGUGGCAUAACCGAUACCCCGGGGCGCGGGUGGACAACCGCACGCCGUUCUACGAGUUCUCGGACCCCGAGCUCUGGCGGGAGUGGGAGUGGUCUGAGCUGUAUCCAGGCCAGCAGGAGAUCCUGGAGUAUUUCCGGUUCGUGGACCGCAAGUGGGAUCUGAGUCGGGAUAUUGUGUUCGGGGCGAAGACGAAUAGGGGACAUGUUGUUUCCGCCAGGCAUCUGCUUCUCUCGAUGGGGUUUGCGGCGAAGACGUACACCCCGAGGCUGGAGGGGUUGGAUACCUUCCGGGGCUUUGCGUGCCAUACGGCCGAGUGGCCGAAGCAAGCCGUGGAUUUGUCGGGGAAGAGGGUCGGUGUGAUGGGCACUGGCGCGACAGGCGUGCAGAUCAUUCAAGAGCUGGGUCCGAAGGUAGACGAGCUGGUGGUGUUUCAGCGAUCACCGAACUGUGCGCUGCCAAUGCGCCAGAAAGUCAACAAGGUUCCUGUCGACAAGACAGAAUACGGGGAGAUGUUUCGAAACAUGCGACUUUCACAGACGGGCAACAACUAUCCACGCAUCGACCGGAAGGCGAUGGACGAUACACACGAGCAGCGAACGGCGCUUUAUGAGAAGCUCUGGGAAGAAGGAGGCUUCGCGCCGGCGCAGGGGAACUACUCUGACUUCAUGACGAAUCUGGACGCGAACCACGCGUUCUACGCAUUCUGGCGAGACAAGGUCAGACAACGUCUCACGCAGGAUGAUCCGGAGUUGAUCGAGAAUCUGGCGCCUUGGGAGCCGCCGUAUCCGUUUGGAACGAAGUGUCCGUCGCUGGAGCAGACGUUCUACGAGGUCUUCAAUCAGGAGAAUGUGCGUCUUGUUGCGCUGAAGAAAAAUCCGAUAGCGCAGAUAUUGCCCGACGGGAUUCAGUUCCAGGAUGGAAAGACCGUCGAGCUGGAUGCGCUUAUCCUUGCUACUGGCUUUGACGCUGUGACGGGUAGUUUCUCGCGUGUCAACAUCCACGGGGUGGAUGAUAAGACUCUGAACGACGAAUGGGCCAUUCAGACACGAACAUCCCUUGGAAUGGCAACGUCCGGAUUCCCAAACCUGUUCUAUCUCUACGGUCCGCAAAGUCCGACCGCAUUCGCAAACGGCCCCUUGAUUUCGGAGAUCCAGGCGGAGUGGAUUAUCACGACGAUUUAUUAUAUGCGGCAGCAUGCUUAUUCGCGGAUCGACCCCAGGCCAGAAACGGAGGUGGAGUGGUCUAGACUCACAGAUGAGGCUUGCUAUCGGACACUGAUGUCCCAUAACAAGACUUCUUGGUAUAUGGGUGGAAACAUUCCCGGCAAGCGACGGGAAGCCCUGAACUACAUCGGAGGAUUGCCUCAGUAUCAAGAGUUUUUGGGUGAAUGUGUGGAGAGCCGAUUGUCUGGGUUUGAAUUGAAGUAG